CCGGGCCAAUGACGUGUCCCGGAAGCGGAAUAGCUCAUUUCCGUAAAUAAACAGCGGAGGCUGCUGGAGCUAAGGCAUGGCGGGGACGGCGUUGAAGCGGCUGAUGGCCGAGUAUAAACAGCUGACAUUAAACCCACCAGAAGGGAUUGUGGCUGGCCCCAUUAAUGAAGAGAACUUCUUUGAAUGGGAAGCUCUAAUCAUGGGCCCAGAGGACACAUGUUUUGAGUGUGGGGUAUUCCCAGCAAUCCUCAGCUUCCCUCUUGAUUAUCCCCUAAGUCCUCCAAAAAUGAGGUUUACCGGUGAAAUGUUUCAUCCAAACAUAUACCCAGAUGGGAGAGUGUGCAUUUCUAUUCUACAUGCUCCAGGAGAUGACCCAAUGGGUUAUGAGAGCAGCGCGGAGAGGUGGAGUCCGGUACAAAGUGUGGAAAAAAUUCUGCUGUCUGUUGUCAGCAUGCUAGCAGAACCAAAUGAUGAAAGUGGAGCUAAUGUAGAUGCCUCAAAGAUGUGGCGAGACGACCGUGAGCAGUUUAACAGGAUUGCCCGGCAGACUGUUCAGAAAUCUUUGGGAUUGUGAAAUGGCUCAUCAGUAUUUCUUAUAAACAGAGAUUUCUCUGUGUAUUUCUGCCACACAGACACUUUCAAGCAAUCCUUGAAAUGCUGGGAUCAUUUACCUUUUCUCUUUGCUUGCAAAAGUAGUUUUUUUUGGGGGGGGAUGUUUUUGCACCAUUACAUUUGUUUCCAAUUUCAGCACACCAUUACCACACCUCUCUGAUAAUUGGAGCAUAAUGACUGAACCAUCUUGUAAGUUCUGAGUAUAAGACUCUUUUGGAAUUAUUGCACACUUUAUCACCUAGAUCCACAUAUGAACUUUGGACACUGGGGUUUGAAAGAUUUUUCAUACAAACUCCCUUACAGUGUUUUUAAAUUUAACAUAAAUGUCUCAAAUGUUUUGGAACAUGGCUUUACUUCUGCCUGAAACUGGAUCCAAAGUUAUUUCCCGGCAUGUAGUAGUCAGGUCAAUAAGUAUGGACACUUUCAAAAAUAAGGGAUAAUGGAUUUGGGUUGGGAUCUCAUAGGAAACAUUUCUCUUGAACCUUAAACCUUUUCAUUGUGCGUUUAGAAGAAUUGUGCGAAUUGCAUGAUUACAUAUAAAGUUUAUUUUUGUAAAAGGGUCCACAACCUUCUAUACAGUGUUGCAGUUUAUGAUGUUUUCUUUUCAGAUAUUUUUUCUUGUUAACAAUGCAUCAUUGCAUAAAUGUUAGAAGGCCUGAUCUGCCAUUAUGACGUUCUCUGCCACAUCUUUCUGAAAUAAAUUAUUGAUAUAAUUAUGUGUA